AUGCUGAGUGUUAGCAGAGGACCCAGAAGACACGAAUAUCGAUCAGAAGUUGAAACUAUUUCCAGAGGACCCGAUUUGCUCCUCAAGGCGACCGACGAAACAUCAAGCGACGGAGGGUCAACUUCUAUAACAAAAUCUGUUGAAGAUACUGGUUCGAAAGAUAAAAGUAGUCAAUCUCUAGUUAGAACCCAUCAUGUUCUCAAAAUAAAACUCAAAAAAAUAACGAAUUGGAGCGGUUGCAGUGGAGCAGCCUUGGAUGAUGAGCCAUUCUAUCACGGUUACAUGUCUCGUGAAGAAGCAGAAAAAUUGGUUCGUACACAGGGAGAAUUUCUUCUUCGUAAGACAGAAUCAACGAAGAGAGGAGAAGUCGUUGUACUCUCCGUAUUCUGGGAUGACACUGCCAAUCAUCUAGUCGUUGAAAAAGCCAACAAUGGCUCCUCGUAUUAUCUGAAAGAGUUCUGCUUUGAGAAUAUCAGUGACCUAGUCCGUUAUCAUCAUCAGACACGCGCCUCCGUCUAUAAAUCGGGAAUCAAAUUGUUCAGUUGGGUGAUUAGAGAGGAAUGGCAAUUGUAUCAUGAACAGAUAAAUUUGGGAAAGAAAUUGGGUAACGGAGAAUUCGGAGAAGUUUUUCAAGGCAUGUUGUCAGUGGGGAUAUUCACAAACGAUGUGGAAGUAGCGGUAAAAACAAUGAAAGGAAGCAAAGUGACGGCUGAUGAAAGAAUUAAAUUUCUCCGUGAAGCGAAUCUGAUGCUGAAACUCAACCACAAAUAUGUCGUCCGUUUGUAUGGAGUGGCAACUCAACAAGAACCAAUUAUGAUUGUGAUGGAAUUGUGUUCUGGAGGAAGUUUAAAAGGAAGAAUCGAGAAAGAUGAACCAAUGAGUUCCCAAUUAAAACGAAAGUACUGUAAGCAAAUCGCAAAAGGGAUGCGUUAUCUGGAGAAGAAACAAGUGAUCCAUCGCGAUUUGGCAGCAAGGAAUGUCCUGUUGGAUAAAUCAGACAAUUGUAAAAUCAGUGAUUUCGGACUUUCUCUUUUUGGAAAACUGCACAAAGAGAAAAAAUUGAUGAAAGUUCCAAUCAGAUGGUUGCCUCCAGAGACUCUUCUCAAAGGAAUUUAUUCAUCCAAAUCUGAUGUUUGGAGUUUUGGAGUUGUCAUGUUUGAAGUUUUCAGUAGAGAAUACCCGUAUUCUGAAGUCAAGGUUCUGAAAGAGCUUCGAAAGAAAGUUGCCCAUGAGAAUCUUCGCUUGAAACCUCCAUCCGAUAUGCCAGAAGAAGAUAUGAAAGUUAUGCAAAUGUGUUUUGAGCCAGUUGAAUCACGAAUGUCCUUUCUACAACUAUGCAAAAAAUACAAAGAACUGACAAGUCCACUGCCGACUUGGAAUGGGAUUGCCAACAAAUUGAUUGGGAUCGGUACAGCAGUCUAA